CUCGACCGGGGCUUGGAUGUGGGCGCCGAGGGACGGGGUCUGUGCACCGCAGCGGGCACCGGCCGGGGCGGGGGCGCUUCGCCUGCGCUGCGGGUUGCUGCCUGCAGCACCGCGGCUCAGCAAGUUGUACACCAUUUCGGCAGAGAUGUCUGAUCUUUCCAUCUGCUUUCCUGGAGGUGCUUUAUUCCCUGAAUGGUCUUUUCAGUAACCACUAAAGACUUCUUGGGACUGAACACUGGAACAGAUGAGUUAAGUCCUUCUGGAAUGUUCUUCAUGAGACACAGACAUAUUAGACUUUCUGGAUGUGCCUAAGGACACAAAGACUGAAGAAGUCCUGAAGAUUGAUGGAGGGCCAUGCUAUUCAAACAGCAGGCGUUGCUGAGACAGAAGCUCUUUGUGCUAGGCAGCCUUGCUAUUGGAAGUCUCCUAUAUCUAGUUGCCAGAGUUGGGAGUUUGGAUAGACUGCAGCCCCUCUGCCCCAUUGAUGGUCGUUUUGGACCCCGCGGCCAGGACGAAAUCCCCUUGCGAGCCCUGCAGUUCAAGCGAGGUCUGCUCCAUGAAUUUCGGAAGGGCAAUGCCACCAAGGAACAAAUCCGACUGCACAAUCUGGUUCAGCAGCUUCCCAAGGCCAUUAUCAUUGGGGUGCGGAAAGGAGGCACCCGAGCACUACUGGAGAUGCUGAACCUUCACCCCGCAGUGGUCAAAGCUUCUCAAGAGAUUCACUUCUUUGACAAUGAUGAAAACUAUGCCAAGGGAAUUGAGUGGUACCGGAAAAAAAUGCCUUUUUCUUACCCUCAUCAAAUAACAAUUGAGAAAAGCCCCGCGUAUUUUAUCACCGAGGAAGUACCUGAAAGGAUUUACAAAAUGAACUCAUCUAUCAAAUUAUUGAUCAUUGUCAGGGAACCUACCACAAGAGCUAUUUCUGAUUACACUCAGGUGCUGGAAGGCAAGGAAAGAAAGAACAAAACUUACUACAAAUUUGAGAAGCUGGCGAUUGAUCCUAAUACCUGUGAAGUGAACACUAAGUACAAGGCAGUGAGAACCAGCAUCUACACAAAACAUCUGGAGAGGUGGUUAAAAUACUUCCCAAUUGAGCAGUUUCAUAUUGUGGACGGAGACCGGCUCAUCACAGAACCACUGCCAGAACUCCAGCUGGUUGAGAAGUUCCUAAAUCUUCCUCCAAGGAUAAGUCAGUACAAUUUAUACUUCAAUGCCACCAGAGGGUUUUACUGCUUGCGAUUUAACAUUGUCUUUAACAAGUGCCUGGCGGGUAGCAAGGGACGCAUCCAUCCAGAGGUGGACACCUCUGUCAUUACCAAAUUGCGCAAGUUCUUCCAUCCUUUUAAUCAAAAAUUUUACCAGAUCACGGGGAGGACAUUUAACUGGCCCUAAACUAAACUUCAUACAACAUUUUCUGUUGCACCUGAGGCAUGCAAUAGGAUGCCUCCGCUGAAAUAUGCACUUUUCAUAGAUACGACUAGCAAAGUAACUUUUUUCAUGCAUACGUGUACAUAAUGCAGUGUGUGACCAAAUAUACGGUGGGAUCGAUUUUUUCUACAGAGUAGUAACUAACAUAAAUUUACUGUCAAUAUAGUUGCAUCUUUUAAGAUAUAAUAAUAAAGGGAAAGGAAGUAUUUAGGGAAACAAAGUCAGACACUGUUAAAAGGGUCAGUGUUCCUCUCGCUUAGUGAAGUGUUUAUGUGACAUACUUAUUGAUCUAAGCAGAACAUUAUUUUAUGCCAUAAAAAUUCUUGUUAAAAGUCUGUAAAGCUGUGAGAAAGCAUAAUCUUGAGGCUAUAUUUGGUAUGUGUAUUGCUAAAGGAAUACUGACACUUUAAACAGAGUGCUGAAUUUUUACAAUGAGAGUGAAUAGUACUAUUUUCUUAUUAUUUUAAAUGAAUAUCUUAUCUCAUACAAACUACAUUGUUUUAGAGUUCCUGUGGUGAGUUUGCACUAUUGUUUUAUUGUAUGGACCAUAGUGUCACUUGUAGCAUGUCAAUCAUGUGUCAAGAAAAAGGUCAAAUAAUUUUUUCUUCUAUACUUGUGCGUCAGCAAAGCUAAACAUGGUGUACAUAGUGUACAAUGUUUGUAAAUACUGGUUUCACACUAAGUAAUUCUAUUUUGUAAACUGAAUAUGGCUAUUUAAUUUAUUGUGAAAAUUAAAUUUAUUGUGGUAUUUAAAAAUGGAAUGGAUUAAAAUUACCUAUAUGU